UGAACGAAUCAUAAUAGUUAUUUUGGUUACAAACUCCCAGGCUGUUACGCGUCUUCUGUUAUAAAUUAAAGGCGUACACUUUUCAAGUUUUAUUGUCAUUAAGUUGGACGAUUGUGAAUAUGAAGGUUCUUGUGGCUGUCGCUUUAUUCGCCUUCGUGGCCUUACAGAUGAGCCAUGGUGCACCCGCGCCAGAGGAGGAAAAGAAAGAGGAGACACCUUCUUCGUCACCCUCAGCCGCUCCCACCGAAGUCACAUCUGAAGCGGCCGCCGCCGCCGUAGCUGAAGUAAAAUCAGAAGCACCAAGUUCUGACGCUCCGGCUGCACCAGCUGCAGCUGCAGCAGCGCCGGCAGCCGCGGAGACAGCCGCCCCAGCAGCCGAGGAGAAGAAGCCCUAGGUUAUAGUAGUGUAACGCCGAGGACAUGGUGCGAGCGUAACAAACCGGAGCGAUGUCCGUAACGUAAUGUGAUCUUUGUAAAAUAAACACUUGGAAAUAAACGUGGUUUGUAAUUCAGAUA